AUGGCUGAUGAAGUGGAUAAGAAAAAUGGAGCAUCCAGCUUGAAGUCAGGAAUAGAAGAGCAAGGAACUGCUGAUUUGACUCAUUCAAGUCUUUCUAAUCCGACAGUGGCUUUCACAGACAUUUGUAAAAGGCUAGAUCAUGAAAUGGAUAAAAAUUUUAUUGAGAAAACAUGGGAACAGUUUGAAGUCGUUGCCAAGCAAUAUUGUUUAGAGGGAAAACAAUCAGCCUGGUAUUGUUGUGCAAUUUAUUUGUCAAUGUGGCAAGGUAAUCUAGUUGAGCGCUCGGCAGUGCGAAAGUACUCAUUAUUUCGAUUACUUAAAAUGGGCAAAAUCAGUGUACUUGAAUUCUUCGAAAAAGUAACGAAAUGGGUGGAAAUGGUCAGUGGCCCUCGACGUUUGAAAGAGCACAUUAAUCGUGUCCAGUCUUCUCUUGCAGUUACUGCUGUUGUUUAUAAAAAAUUAUUACCAAUUUAUCGUAAGGUAUUUGCGCCACCGCUACCGGGUGAUGAUGACGUAAAAACUUUAACUUGCAAGAAACUGUUUCACUUAUUAUGGACGUUGUUCAUCGUUAUGCGAAAGCAGUACAACAACAAUGAUCUGAUGAAUAGUUUCCAUCUUUUACUUUGCACGGUGGAUUUUAUUUUCCAAAAUCUUCGUCGAUCCAAGUUAUGUUGUUUAUUAGAUGGUGAUUUCGUGAAUGCUAUCGAGAUGCAGCCGGGUCAAGACUCUAUUCUCGAAACAUUAUGUCAAAUUUUCGAGGGCGUUGUAUUGGAUGCUAAGCAUUUUCGAACUCACUGUUGGCUUCCAAAACUUCGUAAAAUGUCGGAAGAUAAAAUAAUCGAAGCUGGCGAAAAUUUGACUACUUUUGUCACAAAUGGAAUUAUCAACAAAAAAAAAUUAGAUGUUAUAUAUGACGAACUGAUAAUUGAUAGAGGAGAUAUGGAUGAAAGAAUGUUUUUACCUGAAGAUAUAUCUAUCGUAUUCGAUGAAGCAUAUGAUGUGUGCGCGGUCCAACGACUUCAGCGUUCUGAUGAUGAUGAUAGUCUUGUUGAUGCUCAUAUGUUGUUGCGUUUAAGUACUCAGAGUUGUUUGGAACGCUUACAAGACCAAAGGCAGCAGCGAACACCAUUGAGUGGUCGAGGAUAUGUCAUCUCCGCUGAACAGUAUUGCCCUGUUACACCAGUUGCCGCAUCAUUGUAUAAUGCAUCGAAGUUAGAAGCUUUACUUCAAGAAAAUUGGAAAAAAUUGGAUAUUGAAGUAGAAAACAUUUUAUGUCAUAGUUGUGAAGAUCCACUAACAAAAGUUAUGGAUAUAGCGUUGCAGUUAAAUGAUCGCCUGGAAAAGGUGGUAGAAUAUGAACGGCAAUUAAAUGGAAUUGAGUACGAUACGACAUUUUACGAAAUGUUACAUGCUCGAAGAAAUAAUACAGAAAGCAUAUUUUUUCGUUUUUUGCACAAAAUUACUGUCUCUGAAAGGGAUCGUUUAGGAAAUUCAAAUGUUGAAAAAUUGAGCGCAGUACUGCUUAGAGAAGACUUUUUGAAAGCUCUCUAUGUUUGCUCUUUGCAAUUGGUUCUAUUCACAUAUGAAAGUGCUCGAGAGUUUCCUUGGAGUUUAGAAGUUAUGCAACUAUCAGCUAUACAUUUUUACAAAGUAAUCGAGCUUGUUAUUCGAGCUGACUGUUGCUUAUCUCGUGAAAUGGUCAAACAUCUGAAUAAGAUUGAGGAACGAGUACUGGAGGAACUUGCGUGGAGUAUAGAUUCACCGCUGUGGUUUAGUUUACAUCGGCGAAUAGAUAAGAUACCAUCAAGUCAAGCUGUGUCUUUGGAGACUGUUGAGGGAUAUUCUGCCAGGCAACCAACUCUUUCUCAGCGUUAUACAUUGUCACCUACGAAACCAAUGUCAGCAAAGCGUCGACUUGAAUUUGAUGAUGAUUCUACAUGUAUUCCGCCUAAACGACGAGUCCCAGAUGCAGAGCAUUCAACUUCAGCAUCUGCGACACUGUUAUUUUUUCGUAAAGUGUACUAUUUGGCUGCGGUUCGACUCCGUGAUCUUUGUGAACGAGUACGUUUAGAUGAAAAAAGUCGUCAGCGAGCUUGGACAUUAUUUGAACACAUCAUAAGGACAGAAACUUGGCUUAUGAGGGGAAGACAUUUAGAUCAAAAUUUGAUGUGUUGCUUGUAUGUGGUCGCGAAAAUAGGCCAACAAAAUAUUUCAUUCCACGACAUAAUGUAUCAUUAUCGUCAUCAACCUCAAGCCAGUUCACGUGUGUAUCGACGAGUUCAAGUUGAAAAUGAUUUACCAUCCUCAAUUAUUUUGGAUGAUAAUGCUUCUCAUGAUUCUGCUGGUUCUGGUUCAAGUGAAGUAGUCCGUUCCCAGUCUAGAGAGUCGGAUACGGCUGCUGCAAUUGGUGAAGCUAUACCAGAACAGCGACAAGUCGAAUACAUCGAUUUGAUAAAAUAUUACAAUAGUAUUUUCAUCACUCGAAUGGAGUCAUUCGUAAAAAAACUGCAAGUUGGAGUCAGCGAGAGUGGCAUCUCGUUGUUAUCAAUUCCGUCAGUUCAGUGUAAUCGCUUAUCGCCACAGAGAUGUGUAUCUGAUCGCGUUACCGUAACACCAAUGCCUUCUUCAUUGCCAUCAUCACCGUCACGACCAUACAGAUAUAUUUUUGACAAAACGCCCAUUAAGAACGCUGGCCGAUCGAUGCCUCAGCUCGCAGCCAGUGGAUUUCAGCAAAGCUCAUAUCGCAAUUUGAUUGCGCGCACUUGA